AUGACUACUGAAGGGUUGUUGGAGAAUUCUGCGACCCUGAUUUCAGCAGCCUUAGUUGGCUCGGCUCUAGCCUUGGACCCCAUCUGCGUGAAUGUCGGAGGCCCAAACUUCGUGAUUAAUUCAGGUUUCAGCUCAGGCACGGCCCGAUGGAACCAAAUUCGAACGGGUGCAGGGGCCAACAUCCAAAAUGGCGAACAGGCAGAUGACACAUAUGGCCCAUUCUGGUACGCCUCCAUCUCGGGAGCGACCAUCGGAACAGAGUACGUCCUAUCGAUCAACUACCAAGGCUUCAUACCCCAGACCUAG